CCCCCGCGCCCGCCCCGCGCGCCCCGCCUGGGCAGCCGGCGGCGCCCCCACCUCCCUCCCCCCGGGCCGGGGAGCCGGGGGCCGCGCCGGAGCCCGGGGGGAGCGCGGCCCCGCCGGCCGGCCAGCAGGACGGGGAGCAGCUAGCGCCGGCUCCGGCCCAAGUGGAGGCCGCAGAAGGCCCAGAGCCAGCAAGGGCAGCAAUGGUUGGUCCUGACGGUGGCUGAGCCCCCAGCCCCUGGAAUAUGCAGCCCGGGGGGGCCCCAGGCAGCGGCGAGGACGCGGCGGCGGAGCGGGGCGGGAGGCAUGGUCUCCACCUACCGGGUGGCCGUGCUGGGGGCGCGAGGCGUGGGCAAGAGUGCCAUCGUGCGCCAGUUCCUGUACAACGAGUUCAGCGAGGUCUGCGUGCCCACCACCGCCCGCCGCCUCUACCUGCCCGCCGUCGUCAUGAACGGCCACGUGCACGACCUCCAGAUCCUCGACUUCCCGCCCAUCAGCGCCUUCCCUGUCAACACGCUGCAGGAGUGGGCAGAUGCCUGCUGCAGGGGACUCCGGAGCGUCCACGCCUACAUCCUGGUCUACGACAUCUGCUGCUUUGACAGCUUCGAGUACGUCAAGACCAUCCGCCAGCAGAUCCUAGAGACCAGGGUGAUCGGCACCUCCGAGACGCCCAUCAUCAUCGUGGGCAACAAGCGGGACCUGCAGCGCGGACGCGUGAUCCCGCGCUGGAACGUGUCCCACCUGGUGCGCAAGACGUGGAAGUGCGGCUACGUGGAGUGCUCGGCCAAGUACAACUGGCACAUCCUGCUGCUCUUCAGCGAGCUGCUCAAGAGCGUCGGCUGCGCCCGCUGCAAGCACGUGCACGCCGCCCUGCGCUUCCAGGGCGCGCUGAGCCGCAACCGCUGCGCCAUCAUGUGACCCACCCCGGCCACCCCAGCCCAAGCCGGAGGGGUGCGCGCCCCCCA